CAAGGGGGCGCUUAAUUGAGGGGGUCGCUUAUUACAAAAAAAGAGGAUUUGGGAAAACAUAAAACCAAAAAUUACAAUAGUUGAAAGACUUCUUUUUCUUUUAAAGAAUACCUAUUUCUAAAUCUACUUCCUCGUCAUCCUUCUUGUCAUCAUUCAUCAUGAAAUUCAAGAAGAAAUAGAUGUAAAGAAAACUAAAAAAAGUUUCUUUUAAUCCCUAAACGAGCCUUCCGGUCUAUUUUGUCAAAAAUUCGAAUAAGCGCCCAUUUAUGAAGAUCAAGGAGUGAGCGCUUAUUCGAGGGGGCUUACUUCAUAAUUUCAGGUCUAGGGUGGGCUCUUGUUCGAGUGGGCGUUUUUUUUAGGGAGGCGCUUAAUCGAAGCUUAAAGCUUUACAAUCGUAGCUACUUUUUAUUAAAUGCUUUAUUUUUAAGUUUCGAUGUGGUCCUCUAAUUUUAUCAAAUAACUGCAUGCACUAUCUCAUUUGGCUGGAUGUUAUUAACAAUAAAAACACUUUUUAGUUGCUCCUCAGACCAUGUCGGUCGAGGAUCGCCAUUUCAUAGCAUGUUUCAGAAGGUUUCCUUACAAAGAGAUGCAUGUUUGUAUCCGGGUACCAUUGCACAUGAGUUGUUUCAUGUAUUGGGAUUCGAACAUGAAUUCGUCAGACCGGAUCGUGACAGAUACGUGAAUAUUAUAUGGGAGAAUAUUAGUGAUAAAGAAAAGGAAGGUACGUUAUCGAUUUACUACCGAUAUCAUUACUUCUUGAGAAGUUGCACUAUUAAAUUUUUGGCUCUGAAGAAUCGGUUGAAAAAUCGGGUAAAGAAUCAGGAAUCACAAAACUUUUGCAUUUCGCAACAAUUUGAAAGAAUAUCGUUAAAUAAUGCUGAAACAUUUGAUGUUGCAUACGAAUACAAUUCUCUGAUGCAUUAUUCUGCGUAUGCAUUUUCAAAUAGCAGCGACAAGCCGACAAUUCUCCCAACCGAUCCUACAAUGUCAUACACAUCGAUUGGUUACGGAGAUAAACCUACAGAGAUGGAUUAUUUCAAGUUGAAUCUCUUAUAUGACUGCAGUAUGAGUUUUUUAUUUGCAUCUUAUUACGUGUCAUACUUGUUAUUCAAAAUAAUAAAUAAAAAGGAAAAUGCUACUUAAUAAAAGAAACUCCAUAAUUCAACAAUUUUUUAUCAUUGCACUAAUAUGUUACGAAUUUUUCUAAAUAUCAUACGUCUUACAGAAAGCAACAACACUCCAAUUAGCGCAUGGACAAAAUGGGGCCCAUGUCUGGAAUACGCAGA